AUGAUCUCAAUACUACGACAACCUAUAUAUAUCAUUCUUAAUAACUCACUAUCAACAACUUCACUCCGAGGCUUAAAAUUUUCAGCUAUUCAAGAUUGUCAACAAUAUCUUUCUUAUUGUUCAAAGAAUUCCAUAAACACGGGAUCAACAGUUUUCCGAGGAACAUUAUACGAACUACACGUUAAGGCAUUCUUCGAGAAAUAUCUCAAUUGUGAAAACUUGAUUAAAAAUGGUGGUGCAUAUGAUAAUGGAGUUGAUAUAAUAGGGAAAUGGAAUUUAUCCCCAUUCUAUAAUGAACAAGAACGUGAAUAUGAAUAUGACACCAAACCUAUAAAACUUUCAUCAAAAUCAAUAUUAAAAUAUAGUCAAGAAUCAAAAUUCAAUAUUGCUUCUAAUCCCAUAUCAUUAAUUAAUGAUAUUCAAGUAUUAAUUCAAUGUAAAAAUGUUAAGAAGAAACCGGAUGCAAAAAUAAUUCGUGAAUUGUCUGGAAUAUUAGAUUUCCAUAAAUUUAAUAAAAAAUCAACAUUUAUGUUUAUUGUUACUCCUUAUCCAUGUACUCCACAAGCUGUUGUUCAAUUAGAUACUACGAAUCAUGCAAUUAUCCAUUUUAUGAUAUCUCCAUUAACUAAUAAUUCUGUAAAAAUUACCCGAAACCAAGAUAAUGAUGAUAAUGAUAAUGAUUAUAGUGGUGAUUCUUUUUUCAAUUUGGAUUCUUGGAAAGGUGGUGAUUUGAAAUUAGUUUAUAUGAAUCGACAAGCAAGGAAAUUAUUAUCUGGUUUAAAUAUGGAACAAAAAUUGAAAUUAAUUCUGUUUAUAGAUUGA